UCGUUUGUCAUUUGGGGAGAGAGAGCAAAACAGACUCUUCACAGAGAGAAAAUCUGCACCACAAAACCUCAAUACUCUGUUUUCAGCCAAGAUUUAAAGAUUUAGAGAGAAAAAUUGUAACCAAUGUUCGUCGUCCAGAGGAUGGCUUUAUCUUCUCACUCUCUCUUCACUUUCUCUCUCCGUCUCUCAACAAACGCUGCCUCAAUUUCACGCUCUUCUUUCUUCCCUCUCCACUCUCCUUCGAAAACCUUAUUCUCAAUCUCCAGAACAGCUUUUCAGAGACAAAUUAGGGUUUUAGCUCUGUAUCACAAGAGAAAUGGGGUUUCGACAUCGUCCGCUGUGGCUACCGAAUCGAUUGAGACAGCUUCAAUCGCCGAAGAUAAGGAAGAGAUUUCGACCGAGAAGAUCGUUCUUCCCACUAACGAUUCAUCUGAGAGCCUUCUCAGAAUUCGCCACACAUGUGCUCAUGUAAUGGCCAUGGCUGUUCAAAGGAUCUAUCCAGAUGCAAAGGUGACCAUCGGUCCAUGGAUAGAAUGUGGGUUUUAUUACGACUUUGAUAUGGAGCCCUUGACUGAUACAGACCUGAAAAGGAUUAAGAAGGAGAUGGAUCGCAUUAUUGGUCGAAAUUUACCACUAAUUAGAGAAGAAGUUACCAGAGAUGAAGCUGAGAGACGAAUAAAGGCUAUCAAUGAACCUUACAAGAUGGAAAUAUUGGAAAGUAUCAAGGAAGGUCCCAUCACAAUCUAUCAUAUCGGUAAUGAAUGGUGGGACCUUUGUGCUGGGCCCCAUGUUGAGUCUACUGGAAAAAUUGACAGGAAAGCUGUUGAACUUGAAUCUGUUGCUGGUGCCUACUGGAGAGGAGACACAGAUAAACCAAUGCUCCAAAGGAUUUAUGGCACAGCAUGGGAGAAUGAUAAACAACUGAAAGCGUACCUUCAUUUUAAAAAGGAGGCUAAAAAACGGGAUCACAGGCGCCUCGGCCAAGAUCUUGAUCUGUUCUCCAUACAGGAUGAAGCUGGUGGAGGUUUGGUGUUCUGGCAUCCAAAGGGGGCAAUUGUGAGGCACAUUAUAGAAGGCUUCUGGAAAAAAAUUCACAUGGUACGUGGUUAUGAUCUGUUGUAUACACCGCAUGUAGCAAAGGCAGAUCUUUGGAAAAUCAGUGGUCAUCUGGACUUCUACAAAGAGAACAUGUAUGAUCAGAUGAAGAUUGAGGAAGAACUUUACCAGCUGCGACCAAUGAACUGCCCUUACCAUAUUUUGGUUUACAAAAGGAAGCUUCACUCUUAUAGGGAUUUUCCAAUAAGGGUUGCGGAGCUGGGAACUGUAUAUAGAUAUGAAUUAUCUGGAAGCUUACAUGGCCUUUUCCGUGUAAGAGGUUUCACUCAGGAUGAUGCACACAUAUUUUGUUUAGAUGAUCAAAUCAAAGAUGAGAUCAGGGGUGUCCUAGAUCUCACAGAAGAAAUAUUACUGCAAUUUGGUUUUAGCAAGUAUGAAGUGAACCUUUCAACGAGGCCAGAAAAAGCUGUGGGAGGUGAUGAUAUAUGGGAAAAAACAACAUUUGCCCUUAAAGAUGCAUUAGAUGAUAAAGGGUGGAGCUAUCAGGUUGAUGAAGGUGGUGGUGCCUUUUAUGGUCCAAAGAUUGAUCUCAAGAUUGAGGAUGCUCUUGGAAGGAAGUGGCAAUGCUCAACCAUACAGGUUGAUUUUAAUUUACCGCAGCGUUUUGACAUUACAUAUGUUGAUUCAAACUCAGAGAAGAAGAGGCCUAUCAUGAUUCACAGAGCAGUUCUUGGAUCCUUGGAGCGGUUCUUUGGAGUCCUCAUAGAGCAUUAUGCUGGAGAUUUUCCAUUGUGGCUAUGUCCAAUCCAAGCUCGAGUUUUACCAGUCACUGACACACAGCUCGAGUACUGCAAUCAAGUGACAAGCAAACUGAAAGCAAGUGGUAUUCGGGCAGAAGUUUGCAGUGGUGAGCGCCUGCCAAAGCUCAUUCGAAAUGCAGAGAAGCAGAAAAUCCCAUUGAUGGCUGUUGUGGGGCCCAAGGAGGUCGAGACACAAACACUUACAAUUCGAUCUAGGUUUGGUGGAGAGCUGGGGACCAUGACAAUUGAUGAUUUUAUUAGCAGAACCAAGAAUGCCACUGAAAACAGAACAACAUUUUGAAAUGCUAGUAGUCGACGAUUCUUGGAUGUCCUGCGACCCCAACAGCAUUAUUGAUUACAAUUGUUUCAUGUAUACGAGGAUUGAGGAUUAAAUCAGAUACGCCAUAAUUAAAACAAUUUUGUUCUUGAAUUUUUGAAAUCAGAUAUACCAUAAUUGCAAUUAUUUUGUUCCUGAGUUGUUUUGGAAAGUGGUUAAGGCAACCUGAGAACUUGAACUUGCAGUUUGUGUCAUUUAUCAAUUUUGUGAACUAUGAGGGGCUUUUAUAAACUGCUUGAUGUAGAUGUUUCCUUA